AUGGAACGUGCAGAAGCAGAACGUCAAGAAAAAGAAAAAGCUCAAAAGGCAGAAUAUGAAGCUAAGAAAAGGAAACUUGACGAACAAGCUGCCAAGCAACGCGAGCGUGAGGAAGAAGCUGAACAAAGAAGAUUAAAACGUGAAUUGGAACAAAAGGCAAAAGAUCUUGAAAGACAACAAAUGGAAGAUAAAGAAAAAAAAAAGGCUCAAGAUGCUCAAGAAAAAAUAUCCGCUCCCAAAAGUAGUUACAUUCCACCUGCACUUCGUAAGCAAUUAGAAUCUACAUCACAAUCACCAAUUAAAUCACAGGGUAGAGUAGCAUCAGGUCGUGGUGCCAAUAUCGAAGAACCACAACGCCGUCGUACUGAAGAAACAACAUGGCGAAGGGGUGAGACAGUUCGUAGCAAUACAAUUGAUACCGAUACACUCCGAACUGAGCCAGGAAUAAUACGUAAGCCAGAUCCACAUAGAUCAACUGAUGACGGUUCUUGGCGUAGUAGACAAGAUUCAAGCCGUGGUUCUGAGCGUAAAACAGGUACAAGUCGUGGUACUGAUGACGGUUCUUGGCGUAGCAGACAAGAUUCAGGUGCUGCUGAUGAUGGUCCAUGGCGUAGAUCAAAUUCAGGCCAUCACAAUUUUGGUAAUAUGACACAUGAAAAUUGUGAAACCAAUAUUUGGCAAAUGAUGGAUAAUUCUUUGGAUUACAUGAGAUUUCAAAAUCAUUGUCGUCUCAAAUCAUCUUGGGCUAGAAUUAUUAAACGGUAUCAGGAUGUGAGUGACGAGGAAGCAGAUGUGAUAGAUCUUAUAACGCAAGAAAUAAUAAUUAAUCGUGGCAUAAUUCAAAAUGACAACAUACGUGUAUUAGGUGAAUGUUCUGGCAAAUCUACAGAAUUUUGCUUGGAUGGAGAAAAAGGAAAAGACACAGAAUUAGAUGUUAAUGACAAUGACAAUGACGAUGAUCAUACAUGGAAAUUAGAUGCUGCUACCAUUGAUAUUAUGUUGGAUGACACAAGUUCAGAAGAACUUUUAUAUAAUAAAGAAGAUUUUUCAUCGCAUAUAGAUUAUAACAUUGAUGGACUAUGUAAAGAUUUUGAAUCAGAAGAAUUAUAUAUGACAGAUGACGAGUAUUCUGGCGACGAAGGUUCAAUAUAUAACAGCAAAUAUUCUAAUAUACAAGAUAAAAAUGAGCUUAAUCGAUCAUUUCUAUCAUCUUCAGAAAUUACAUCUAAUACAUCUAAUUUAAAGAAAAAGGAAAAACAUUCUAAAUUUAGAAAACAUAAAUGUUAUAUUGUUAUAGAUUCAGGUUGUGAAAGUUUAGAAGAAUAUGAACCACAAAUAAGGAGUAAAAUAGUAUCUUACGAUAUAAUAGAAUCAGGUAGUGAAAGCCUUGAGGAAUUAUUAGUAGGGAGAAAACGAAGGAAAUUAGGAAAUACACUCUAUAAUAAUAAAAAGAUAUAG